UAAAAAACGUGUCGGCUGCCGGUUUAAUUCAAAACGAAUCUUCAUCCGCGAUCUGUGUUCGUGAAUUGCUGUUCUCUCUUGUUGUGUCAUUUAAUACACAAACAAAGCUAAAUAAAAAUAGAUUAAAUCAUUUAUUUAAUUUAAAACGUUAAAAAAAAAGUCAUGGCGAGAACGAUAUUUAUUUUGUGGAUAUUCACAGUAUUAGUUUUAAGUUUUUCUGAUGGUGGUAAAGUUCCUACAGUUUACGAUGUUUUGCGACUGGUUUACCAAGUUUGCUCCACUGAUGAACGACAUCGACAAGAUAGUUUAUCCUGUGUCAGUUCACACAUGGGAAAGGAGGUUGUGUCAGUAGUGGAGCUUUGCAUGUCAGACCCAGGUCGCAAUGGUUCAAAUGAGACCUAUUCCGUGAAGGAAUUUUGCGAACAAAUGACCCACGUACCAGAAUGGGUCGCAAAACACACAGCGCCACCCCAACAACUGACUAAGGUGAUGGGAUUGGCUGCCUUGGGCAGGAUGGCCUGUGUAUUAGGCGAGGUACAACGUCCAUUGCCUAUGUGGCAGGCUGCUUUUGCUAAAUGUUUCGAGAAUUAUCAGUCUCCAACACUAUACUUAAAAGACAGCACAAGGAACAGAAAUGAGAACACACUAAUUGAAGAUCCAGAAUGAUGAUUUGCUUCUGAAGAUAUUCCCAGAGGAAUUUUUUCUUGACUAUAAUUGUGAUAUUGACAGGCAAAUGCCAUUUUAAUUUUAUUCAUACAUCAUACAAGGACAUUGCCAUCACUUUUAUUUGCCAUCCUUUUGCAUUAUCGUCCAGUUUGUGAUUGUGUUUAAGCAUUAGAAUAGAACAGGAUUUAUCCAAUUAGAUAUUAUCCAAAAGCGAGAAUGAACUAAGCAACUGUCAGGUUAAUUCGUUACAUCCUUUGAAAAUAUUACUUUCUGCACGUUUUCCCAUUGAUGACACAUCCGACUAAAUUUUAUUUUUAACAAAAGAUCAUCGAAAUUUGAAUUAAUAAUAAUAGUGCAAUGUUUCUGGAUGGUGUUUUCUACACUAGGGAGCGCUGCAAGCUCUUGACUACCUGUAUUUCCACUUUAGUAUUUUUGGUGUAUUUUGAAGCCACAACGUGAUCAUUGUGUUUUGAGACCCUGCUGAGUAGUAUUUCUUGUAUACGUGUGUUUGUUACCUGAUUUAUUAUUUGUGUUUAUAAGAAGAAUCGUGUUAUAAGAAUUGUCAUUUGAAGACCUGUCAUUUCAAGAUGUAAGAAUCGUCAUUUGAAAAAAGAAUCGUUGUAAAACACUUCUUACCUUAUUAACAAUAUACCAACUUCGAAAUUUAAAUCAAAAUGAUAAUUUGUUAAAUGAACUUCAUCUCACGACUCGAACAAUACUCGAACAAGUAAAAAGAAUUGAUUAUCAGGAAAAACAUUUUUUUUAAUACAUAAGCCACAAAUCCCUUGAUCGCAGGAAGAAAAAAAAAUGCUAAAAAAACUUAAAAAUUUAAAUCAUGUUCAGGUAAAUAUUUAGUACCAUUUUUUUCUGAAAAAUAAGUUUUGGAAUAAAAAAGAUUAUGUGUUGAUUUCCAAUGUAGAAACCAAACCAAAUCAUUGCUUGCAUCAAUAUUUAAAAUGAGAACGACUGGUAACUGCGUUAUUUCAUUUUUAACA